CUCAAGGGUGGUUCAGCUUUUUGUUUUCCCCCCUUUUUCAGAGUCGCCUCGCGAGAUGUCGGCGGGCUCGAAGGCGGCCGCGCCUGGACCUGCCGCCAAGGCGGUCGCCAAGGCCAAAGGGGCGGCCCGCAAGCGGGUCUCCGCGGAGGUCAGGUUGUUGUGCGAUCUGCUGCACGACAAGGACGUGGAGACACACACCGUGGCCGAGGAGGUGAUGAAGAACCGCUGCAAGAGCCUCAAGUUCAUCGUCGACGAGCUCCUGAAGGAGCCUGCGAAGAUCCAGGACAUCGAGGUGCGCGUUUCCAAGCCGAUCGAGGAGCUACAGGAGUCGCCCGUGGCGGGCAAGAAGUUGCGCCUGUGCAACCCGUGGGACAUCGGCCAGACGGUCGUGCGCGGCCCGAACUGGGACCUGGCGGGCUACAAGGAGAUCGACGGCGGCCGCGACGACGCCUUGGGGGUCACCGUGCCGCCCUCCGAGCAGGUCCUCCAGAAGUGGUUGGCCAUCCAGUUGUUCGGUGCGGAGGGCUACUCCAAGCAUCGCGACAGCCGUACGGGUUGGUUCCUCGGCGGUUGGUGGAUCAACCGCAGCAUCUGCGCGCAGUUUGCAAGCUCCGCGGAGAAUGGAGGCCACUUCUUCAAGGCCGAUGAUGAGAGUCAAUACGAUUUGUGCGUGGUCGAGGGGAUGUCCCAUAUGCUGAAUGUGGACAGAAUCAUGGCCAUCAUGAAGACGAAGGCGACGGUGGACAGCUUGUUUGAGACGUGGCUCCCCGAGAAGAUGGCCAACAACCCGAGCUUGCAGGUCGAGGCCUCGGUGAUCCAGGAGCUCUGGCGCAUGACCACGGUGUGGACGAAGAAGCAGGUGGAGGAGAUCAUCGGCAUGGAGGUCAAGCAGCAGGUGAACGCCGAGAUCGCAGGCAACAGGGUGUUGGCCGCGAGGAAGAGCAACCCGAAGGAGGAGCCCAAGAUGAACGGGCCGAAGGUCUCCAAGACGAUCGAGAAGACCGCCUACCAUGGUAGACGGUAGGCGGUCGUGCGCGGAGGUCGGAGGAAGGACCUCGGAGAAUCGAGUCGGCGAUCCGAGGUCGAUGAUUCCUCGAAUCGUUUUUUCGAGGAGGCGGCCCGCUGGCGACUGCCCUCUCCGCCCCGCCCGCGCCCGUCGGCGCCUGCCCGCCGCUGCCUCUCUGGACAGGCGGCGGUGCCCGUGCACUGUCGAGGAGCGGCGUUCGCCCUCGAGCGAGUGA